GCCAGACCAGCUUCACUGUCAAAAUCUUCGUCAAGUGCCGAUAGGUUGACAAAGCAACGCCAUGCGUAUUACAUGGAGACUGAGUGUUGCGCAUAUUGUUCUUGCGCCAUCACUAUUUCAUCCAACAUUGAACUCAUGAAACAUCUAACCAAGAGAUGUCUAUCGAAACGGUUCGCUCCAGCAGCCGAACGUCUCGAAAUUGUGGAUUGUGGGUAAUUUUCCACUCAUGUGCACAGACUCUUCACCUAUGCGGAACAACACGUCAUCUACAGAGCGGCAACGACUUUCUCAUUGUUAUUGAUUUCCUUCCCAACACAUAUGCCGGGACCUGUUCUCUGAUAGUCAGCAUUGCGAGUUGCACAUACGAGAAGGGAUACAUUUCGACCGACUCCACCUACUUAAUAUUCCCACGAUACCCAAGAUACACCAACGGGAUAUGCAACUCAGUCACUUCAUUGUCUCCUAUGUCGACAUUCAGUCAAAUGGUUCUGCUUUCAAUAUUGGUAAAAACGGCGUCUGCAAGCAAUUUGCUAUUAAUUGGUGGUUCUAAGCGGCCACGAAUCUGAAACCGAGACCGAACCCACAAAGAAUGAGAAGACGAUUGGCCCCUUUUGCCGCCUGUAUCUGCAACAUGAAUCUCAAUUAAAAGCAUAAGAGAGGCCUGAUGGCAUCU